AUGGUCAAAUCAUAUUUGAAAUACGAACACUCGAGGACCUUCGGGCUGGUGAAUUCUAGUACCUCCAAUGUCGUGUGGUGCGAAUCAGCGCGGAGUACUGGAAUUGCGGUCGCUGCUGCGAAUGAGGAGGUGCUAUGCUGGGACAUCAAGAAGGGCGAACUAUUAAGUCGUUGGGCCGACAAGAGCAGCAAGGCACAAGUUACCGCCAUCGCCCAGAGCAAGGUAGACAAGGACAUAUUUGCUGUCGGCUACGAAGACGGGAGUAUACGCCUGUGGGAUUCCAAGAUUGCAACCCUUAUCGUCAGCUUCAACGGACACCGAUCCGCAGUUACAUGCCUGGCCUUCGACAAAUCUGGAACUAGGCUGGCGAGUGGGUCCAAGGAUACAGAUAUCAUUCUAUGGGACCUGGUUGCGGAAGUAGGGAUUGUGAGGUUACGAGGCCACAAGGAUCAGAUUACAGGCCUCCAGUUUAUUCAACCGAAGGCACAACAGAUCGCGGACGGGGAUGGAGAAGCGGCCGUUGUUGCGUUCCAGGACCCUGCUGCUUCCGAAGGCUUCCUGUUGUCUACUGGAAAGGAUUCUCUUAUAAAGCUCUGGGAUGUUGCCUCUCGGCAUUGCAUAGAAACCCAUACCGCGCAAUCCAAUGGGGAGUGUUGGGCGCUAGGUGUAUCGCCGGAUGAAGCUGGUUGUAUAACUGCUGGCAAUGGUGGGGAACUGACGGUAUGGUCUAUCGACAGCGCAGGUCUGGCUGAAUAUUCGACGGCCUCAAGCGAGGUUGUAGAGAAACACUUCUUGAAAAGCAGGGGUGUGCUUCGUGGUCAAGCUAAAGACAAGGCGCUAGAAGUCAGUUUCCACCCACGCCAGGAUUACUUUGCUGUCCAUGGAUCCGAAAAGGCAGUUGAAGUCUGGCGGAUGCGAUCCGAGGAUGAAGUCAAAAAGGUCUUGACGCGAAAGCGCAAGAGAAGGCGCGAGAAGCUCGCAGCUAUGGGUGAAAAGAUGGAUGCGGAUGAGACUGGAGAUUUAUUGACAGCCGAGAUAACUGAUACUUUUGUUUCUCAUGUGGUUGUCAGAACGGGUGGUAAAGUCCGAUCCAUAGACUGGAUCAAGACCAAAUCUUCAAAACCGAUACAAUUUCUAGCGGCGACAAACAACAACCAGCUAGAGGUCUACUCUGUCUCAGUCAAGGAGAAAACGAAGGAGAAAAAGAGCGAGGAGAUGCCAGAGUAUUCAAGAUCACUAGCUGUUGACUUGCCUGGUCAUAGAGCAGAUAUACGAUCACUUGCACUCAGCUCCGACGACAGAAUGCUUGCGUCGGCAUCUAACGGCGGUCUGAAAAUCUGGAACGUACGGACAAGAACUUGUAUACGUACAUUCGAGUGUGGCUACGCUUUAUGUUGUGCUUUUGUGCCCGGGGACAAAAUUGUGGUGGUCGGAACCAAGUCUGGAGAGCUGGAACUAUACGAUAUUGCUUCAGCUGCCAAUCUCGACAAAGUAGAUGCUCACGAAGGUGAGAUAUGGUCAUUGCAGGUGCAUCCAGACGGAAGGUCGAUCGUAUCUGGAAGUGCAGACAAGACCGUCAAGUUCUGGAACUUUGAGGUUGUCCAGGAAGAAAUUCCCGGGACAAAACGAACCACGCCGCGGUUCAGACUGGCCCAUAAACGAACUUUGAAGGUCUCUGACCAAAUUCUUAGUGUCCGCUUCUCUCCGGAUUCGAGAUUACUUGCAGUUGCGCUGUUGGAUAACACGGUCAAAGUGUUUUUCGUGGAUUCCCUGAAGCUGUUUCUAAACUUAUAUGGUCACAAAUUGCCUGUUCUAAGUAUGGACAUCUCCUUCGACAGCAAGUUGAUUGUAACUUGUUCUGCUGAUAAGAAUGUACGGCUCUGGGGUCUGGAAUUCGGAGAUUGCCACAAGGCGUUUUUCGCCCAUCAAGACAGUAUCCUCCAGGUUGCAUUCGUUCCUCAUAACCAGGAUGGCAACGGGCAUCAUUUCUUUAGCAGUAGUAAGGACAAGAUGAUCAGAUAUUGGGAUGGUGACAAGUUUGAGCAAAUCCAAAGGCUUGAUGGCCAUCACGGUGAAAUCUGGGCGCUGGCUGUCAGCAAGACUGGAAGUUUUCUCGUCAGUGCAAGUCACGACAAGAGUAUCCGAGUGUGGGAGCAGACCGACGAACAAAUAUUCCUGGAGGAGGAGAAGGAAAAAGAGCUGGAGGAACUCUACGAACACACCCUCUUGACCUCCUUGGAGCCCGAGAAGGACAAAGACGAUGACGCCGAGUUUGGAGACGUGGGAAAGCAGACAAGCGAGACGCUCACGGCCGGAGAGAAGAUUUUAGAGGCCCUCGAUCUCGGAAUGGCGGACCUCGAGGUGAUAGGAGAGUGGGAGUUAGCAAAACAAACCCAGCCCAAUAUCGCGCCACCCUCUCGGAACCCUCUGUACAUGGCUCUGGGAGGAAUCAGCGCUGAGCAGCAUGUGCUGAACGUCCUACAAGGCAUCAAAGCUGCUGCACUUCAAGAUGCACUACUGGUGCUGCCUUUCUCCAAGCUUCCCAGCCUGUUCACCUUCAUCCAUAUUUUCGCCACGAGGUCGAUGAACAUCUAUCUGACAUGUCGAAUACACUUGUUUAUGCUCCGGACUCAUCAUCGUCAGAUCGUCGCGAGCAAGACGAUGAGACCUGUACUGGAAGAUAUCAGGGUGAAUUUGCGGAAGUCUCUGCAGAGGCAGAAGGAUGAGAUGGGGUUCAAUCUUGCGGCGUUGCGGGUCAUGGGUUCUCAAUUGGCAGAGAAGGGAGUCAAGGAUUAUGUUGAUGAGGACACUUGGGAAAGGGAGGCAGAAGGAAAGAAAAAGCGCGGUUUUGUACACAUAGCAUAG